AUGUCGUCAGGCCUACAUGUUGGCUUCACGGACGACGACCACCGUCCCACAACUUCGUCUCAUUCCACAGUCAUCACUGCACCAUCAAUUACCGUUCAUCAUCCGGAUUCCUUCCACCCUUCACUAUCUCGAGAACGAUUUGACAUUGAUAAAUUCAUGGGGAAAUGGCAUGUUGUCUUCUCUACGUUACCUCUGUGGAAGAGCCGAUCAGAUGUAACGAUCACAUAUUCUCCGUUACUCGUCUCCCCAUCGUCAACCACCAUCAAGUUUGAUGACGUUGUUGAAUAUCGAUCACGUAGCUCUCCAGGUAGUCCAAAAAGUCGAGUUGUCGGCGUGGACACGCUGGUUGCGACUCCUCAUGACGCACCUGAGGGGCUAAUGAUUGCUACGUCCAAAUGGCAGGUCCUUGGAUACGACCCCGACCAAGGUUGGGCGGUAACCUACUUCUCAAAAACGUUAUUCACUCCUGCUGGGUUGGACAUAUACGCGAGAGAUCCCACAAGUAUUAGUAAAGAGGUCGUAGAUGAGAUCAAGGAGGCGACGAAGAAGCUGGGCGGGGAGGUUGGAACUCUGGCAGAAGGCUUCUUUGAGGUUCCUGUCACAGAAUGA